AUGUCUCAAGCUAAGCUACGUGAUCAAUUAGUUCGAGAAUUCAAAUCUUAUUGGUCUUCCUCUUUACCUACUACUAUUGAUAUGGGAGGUGAACGUCAACGUAAAACCAUUAAAGAUUCUGCCCUUUUAAUUGACAAAUUGGGUCUUCAAGUGAAACUUAACAUUAUUGAUUGGUUCAUCGCUUUCAUUUUACGCGACUAUAGACGCAUUUUUAGCCCUUCAGAUGAAGCUGGUCAACUUGAUAAUUUAUCAACUAGAUUCGCUUGGUUCAAUCGCAUUCUAAAGCAAUUCCAACAUCAACAAGAUUUAUCAAAUAUUUGGCCUAUUCAUUGGAAUAUUAAAUCUCAAUUGUUAGCCAAGUUCAACGAUUAUACAAGUCAAGAUAUUCAGAUUGUCCUAAAAAACUCAAACUUAAACGUUGACAGUCUGAUAGAAGCUAUCAGAAUCACCAAGGACUUUGAAUCUCAAAUGCAAAAGAAACUUAAUCUUCAUUUUAACGAUCAAGGUGGUUUCAAAUCAAUUUCACUUGUUUAUCAAAAUGUCUUUCACGUCUACAUCUCCCAUCAAGAUAAAUCUCUCGCUGAUCUAUUCACAAAGUUCUCUGAUUCAAGCUCUCAUCAAUUCGUUGAAGAAAGUAGUACUGCUUCAGUUUUGGAAUCUUCAAGCGAGCUCUUCCUAAACUACCGUCAAAUUCUCAGUCAAUGCGCUACAUUGACAAAUGGUAAACCUAUUGUUGAUUUAUCAAAACUUUACAGCAAGUGGUUGAAGAUUUACGCUAACGACAUCCUCAAAGCUCAGCUGAUUCAUGGCAUAAACUCACGUAGAUCCCUUGACUCAAAAGUCAACUACAAUGAAAUUAAAAUUUCUGGUCUUAUCAUUAAUACUGCUGAUUAUUGCUUAUCAACUGCCAUUCAACUUGAAGAAAAGCUAAAAGAAUAUGUCUACAUCCCAUUUAAAGGCGAUAUCUCCUUUGAAAAAGAAGGCGAAAUCUUUAACUCUAUCAUUUCAAAUUGCUUACAACGUUGUUUACACAACUUUGAGCUUGGGAUCGAAACACCGCUUAAUGACAUGUCACGUAUUCAAUGGUCACAAUUGGGUAAUUCAAAAAAGAAGUCGAACAAUAUCACAUCUGUUAGUAAUCCCAGUCAAUACGUCAUCGAUUUAUCUCAGUGUAUUCUCAACCUAAGCUCAAAUGUUACAAAAUCCAUUGAUCAGCGUAAAUACUAUCGCAGCUUCCUUGAUAAAGCUGUUUCAUUAUCAGUUGCAUUGCUAACGAGAAACAUCGUUAAGUCUCGUCCAUUAUCUUCACUCGGAGUUGAGCAACUACUACUUGAUUUACAGUCUUUUCGUCAAGCAUUCCUAGAUUCAAUGGAAAGUCCUCGUGAAACAGGAUCGACAACAUCUGCAUACGCUAGACAUGUCAAUAGAGCGUUAAUUCCAUUGGAAACUCUUCUCAAGGUAGUGCUUGCACCAUCAGUACCAGCAGAGGCGUUUGUUCAAUCUUACACGACAUUAAUUGCCGACAGCUCCUCCCAAAACUUUCAAAAAGUACUUGAAAUGAAAGGUUUACCCAAAAAGGAUCAAAGUCAAAUACAUGAAAUAUUCAGAGCAGUUACAGCCACUGAAUCGCAAUCUGAAAAACAAUCAAAUUCGUUCUUGACAGAAUUAGACAUGGAUCCUCCAAAUCGACCACUCAUACCAGUCCCAACAAUCAACAAUAAAUCAGAGGGUGAUAACUGUUCACCAACAGAUUACAAUAAUAACCCUAAUAAAGCUGAUAGCAAGAAUAUUUCCCCUGCAGUACCCAUGUUCUCUGAUUUCAAGAAUUUCUUUUUACGCAAAUAA